GGUAGUUUCGGUUGGCGUCAACAUCCGGCAGUAUAACCGAAAGUUGGGUUCUGUGUAGUUUUGAAGGUUAUUUCGCUGGGAAACCUUUCAGGUGUUCCGUCGAGCAGUUCUGGUAGGUUGGUGUUUUACUACCCGAACGGACGGUGUGAAAUGGCUCUCGUCACGCGACUGGGCAGCCGGAGGAGCAUUCUAUCUCAGGCUCCAAUCCGUCAGCUGUCGACGAACCGCACUCAGGGUAUCACUGGCCGAGGCCAAAAGGCAGCUUAUGCCGUCCUUGGGCUGGCCGGUGCGGGAGCCGCCGGUGUUCUGAUUGCCCUCGAAAGCUCGCCGUUACAUGCGGUUGAUCUUAUCGUUCAUCCUUCGAAGUACGAUUGGCCUCACUCGAAAACGAUAGCUAGUUUGGAUCACGCAUCUAUUCGACGAGGAUAUGAGGUUUACAAGCAAGUCUGUGCUGCAUGUCACAGCUUGAAGUAUAUUGCUUAUCGAAAUUUGGUCGGUGUCUGUUUUACGGAGGAAGAGGCGAAGAGUGAGGCAGCAGAAAUCAUGGUUACCGAUGGCCCUAACGACGCUGGCGAGAUGUACCAAAGACCAGGCAAACUUUCUGACUACUUCCAGGAUCCCUAUCCGAACGAGCAAGCUGCGCGUGCUGCAAAUAACGGCGCAUACCCACCCGAUCUUUCAUUUAUAACUUCGGCUCGCCACGGAGGCGAAGACUACAUCUUCUCUCUACUGACGGGCUACACAGACCCACCGGCUGGUGUUGAAUUGCAAGAAGGCCAACACUAUAAUCCUUACUUCCUAGGAAAUGCCAUUGCUAUGGGUCAAAUGCUGUUUGACGAGGCGAUCGAAUACCAGGACGGUACGCCCGCAACGGCUUCCCAGUUAGCCAAGGAUGUCACCUGUUUCUUGAAAUGGUGUGCUGAAUUUGAGCACGAUGUUCGCAAAACACUGUUUAUCAAAGUAAUGUUGAUUUUGCCUUUACUGACAUAUGCUUCGUGGUACAUGAAGCGAGUGAAGUGGUCGUCGCUCAAGACUAGGAAAAUUGUCUACAAGCCGAAAAAAUACGAUUAAAAGGCAGGUCCAGGCAAGUAGCUCACCGCCCCCAACAAGAAUGUGAGGGAAAAAAUGCAGAAAAAAAUUACUACAACUACCAAAUCAACAACUACAAAAUACAGAAGAAAUAGAACCCUUCUGUAUACGAUGCAUGACCCACCCAUAGCUUUUCAUCUUCUUUGAAAACGAAUUUCGAUAUUAAAAGGGACGGUAAUAUAGAGUAAAGUAAUGGUAAGUGGUAUAUGGAACAACAAAGGAAACCUUAAGGCAGAACAUAAGUGCAUAGGAAAGUUUUAUAUACAUGAACUACAAAUAUAAUCAAAUCCCAGAAGACUAAGCCAAUUACAAUACAACCAACAACAAUUACAAAUACAUAUUAUCAAAA